UUUAGUUCGUACGAACUCCCGAGAUCUACACGAGAAUUCGCGAGUGUUGUAUAGAUAAGGUGAGAAAUGGUGAAUUUCUUCUGAAGCUAUGCACCGUGUGAGAUAAAUGUCAGUAUGAUGAACACAGCAGUAUUUGACGUCCAUUGCAAGGUUUGGUGUAGGUAGCUUAUAAAACCGAUCGUAUGAAACAAUGUAUUGGAUAACGCACCUCUGUUCACAAAAAUGUCCAUUCACUACAAAUCGGAAAUGACUUUUGUGCUAUUUUCACUUGACAAAAAGUUUUUUAACGUGGACUAAAAAAACGAAAAAAUCCUUAUUAGUUUGGGCAAAAUACAAUUAUAUUGUUAUAUUGUUGGUUUACCAAAAGAAAGUAAAUAUAUUUAUAGCUAUGGCUGAAUUACGACUGUUUAUUUGGCUGCUUGUUUUCGCACAUGUUUUCAGUGCAGUACAUUCUAAUGACGCUAUGACCAUGUCGAUGGUGGAGAACCGCAGACAAAGACAGUCCUGGUUCGUGUUGGCCUCUACCCACGCUGGCAUGGCCACGGGCAGCUUCAGGGGUCGGCCGUACGCUCUACUCAGGAAGAAAGCGGAAUGGUGUUUCAACUGCACCAGUUACAGGUACCGGAGUAUUGAUGGCAGCUGCAACAACUUCAGGAACCUGGGUGCUUCAUUCACAGCUGUCCCUACGUGGCUUCCCCCUGCCUACUCUGACGGAGAAGAUAGCCCGCGUCAGUUUGGUAAGGAUGGCCUUCCCUUACCCAGUGCACGAAACGUCAGCAAUGUGGCUCACCCAUCCAUCAUAAAGCUGACCAACUACACACUGAUGGUCAUGCAAUGGGGGCAGUACAUCAUACAUGAUCUUUCUGCCAUACCUAUAGCAACAGUCAUGCAAUGGGGGCAGUACAUCAUACAUGACCUGUCGGCCAUACCUAUAGCCACUGAAAUCGACAGCGCUAUAAAAUGUUGUGGACCAAACGGUGGCUAUCCACCAUUUAUUACAAACAGGAAUUGUUUUCCCAUUGAGAUCCCAGAGGAUGAGCAACAUUUCUCUGGCAAAUGUUUGGAGUUCGUCCGGUCCAUUCAAGCCACCAAAGAGUACGGAGCUAAAUUAAGACCCAGGCAACAGAUAAACGUCAUUACCUCCUUCAUGGAUGCUUCUAUGGUGUACGGAUCUAUUUAUAAUCAGUCGAUGGCGCUCAGAGAGGGAGGUUAUCUUAUGAAGACAACAGGUGGAAACUUCCUACCCCAAUCACCAGUACAAAACUGCAUCAAAAAACCAAACUCCAGUGACUUCUGUCAGCUAGCAGGGGACACACGUGUCAACGAACAGCCCGGCCUAGGGGUGCUACACACUCUCUUUAUACGUGAGCACAACAGGAUCGCCAAAAUACUCCGGACACUCAGACCCAAAGACAAGGACGAGAGUAUCUUCCAGCUGACCAGAAAAAUCAUCAUAGCCAUGCAUCAGUUGAUAAACUACAACGAAUAUUUGCCCAUCAUCCUCGGCAAGGAGGCGGUGUCACGUAUGGGUCUACUGUCCAGGGAAGGCCGGACCUUCUACAACCCCAGCAUUAACCCUGCUGUCGCUAAUGAGUUUUCUACUGCAGCCUUCAGGUUUGGGCAUUCAACUAUUCCACAAAGUCUAUGUAUAGGUGAGAAGAUCAAAAGACUGAAAGAUCUAUUGCAUUCACCCACUGAGUGCCUGGUACACUACGACGAGUUGCUGGCUGACCUCUGUGGGGUCGUGGACGAGAGUGUCAGACAACCGCUGAAACAGAGUGACCGCAACUUUGUGGAGGAUGUGACGAAAUUCAUGUUUCAACCAAAGCGAGGCCCCGGCGAGGGCACAGAUCUCGUCUCGUUGAACAUCCAACGAGGGCGAGAUCACGGACUGGCGCCCUACUCGCAGUACAGGGCGUUUUGCGGUCUGCGCCCUCCGAGCAACUUCUCUGAUGUGCAGGUGCUGGGACCAAACAGCAUGGACCUGGCCAAGGUCUACAGGUCUGUGCACGACAUUGACCUAUUUACGGGACUUCUGUAUGAGCCAAUAGAAACUGGGGACGAUGCUAGUGUUGGUCCCACCUUGAAAUGUCUCAUUGGGAUCCAGUUCUUCAACACUAAAUUUGGCGACCGCUUUUUCUUCGACACGUACAAUCAAAACCUAGGGUUUAAUGAUGCUCAGUUAAAGUCACUGAGGAAGAUGAGGCUGGCUAAUGUUAUCUGUAGCAACUCAAAGUUGACAAAUUUAACAGCAGAUGUCUUCAGCUUACCUUCAGAAACAAAUCCUGAGAUUCCAUGUAACCAGAUCAAAGAGCAAAACCUGGACCUGACAUUAUUCGCCUAAAUUAGCAGAACUUUUAAA